UGUAGCAGAGAUGCCUGCACCUCUUUUGCACCUCGGCAUCUCUUGUGAGUGUGCUGCAAGAGACUGCUGUAUAGCUUUUUCCUCUCUGAAGGGAGUGGCAGAACAGUAUAUGCUGUGUAUGAACUGUCUUUGGGCAGGGGAAAGAAUAUUUGAAAAGCUAACUGUAUCUGUAAUAAUUGAGGUGAAUUUAAAUAUACUGAUGGUAAUAUUGAUUAUUGGUUCAAGUUUGAAGUCUGUGUUUUUUCUGCAUUACCAGUAUCCUGUAAUAUGUAUUUAUUUGAUGUGUUAGGCAGUCCAUGAUUUCUCUCUGGUUAUUUGUCUGUGAAAGACAUUAAAAAUGUAGAUUUUUUAAAGUGAUCAGAUUAGCUUUUUGAAUUGGAAGAAUUACAAGCUCUGGCAAGCAUUAUCUUUUGUGCUGUUUGCAAUUUUUAUGUAAUGUUAGCUUGGGUCAUUAUUUCUGUAUCAGGACACUGAAUGUUUUCACCAGGCUUCUGAUAGAAGGCACACAAGAAAGGGUAAGGAAUUGCUAAAACUGUAUUCUCUGCAGCAAGAAAAAAUCAAGAUCCCUUACUGAUGGCACUCUGAAGCAAGAUGCAGCCUUUGGGAAUGCAGAAGUUUUACAUGAAUUUUAUUCUGGCUGGAGAUCUUAGCUUAAACAAGGCAAGUCUAAGAUCUCAGUGAAGCAAAGCACGGAAAGCAGGAAGGAGCAUAGGCCCAGGGGAUAAUGUACAUGUGUAAUACACAAAGAUAUUUCUCUGGUGGUGCUCUACAGUACCAGAGGGAAUGUGAAACAUAAAGAUAAGAGUGACAAAAUUUGAAUAGUUAUUUAUGGUUCUUUUGAAUGUCAUGUGCCUCCAUUUCAGAACUGAAUGCAGUUUCAGAAGCUUGUUACACUUGAACUUCUAUUAUGUUUAAUUGAUUACUCCUGUCCAGGUGUUCAAAGAAAGAGGUGCAUAUUUAUUUGAGAGAUCUGACCACUUUAAGUUGGAUUGAAUCCAUUACGUAACCUUUAUCCUCUCAGUUUAACCCUAGUAAAUACUGUAGCAUCUGAUUAAUCUGCAUGAUGUAACAGCCUGAGUUGGCCUGCUUUUAGAAGCUUAAGAAACAGACCAGUUGUACGGUCAAUAAAAGCUGUAGCUUUCCCCAGGUUAAAGGUCCCACAAGUGGCUUUUUUUUUUUUUUUUCCCCAGUUGUUCAUUUUUAUGAUCUUUUGUCUGUCUGGUCAAAGUGUCAUAUGGAAGGGUGGUGUGCCUAAUGUCUGAGCUAAGAGCUAAUCUGCUUAUCCAUUUUGUCUUAAGCUGUGUGCUGCACUGGAGAAACUGUGGGAGUUCCACGGUAAUGGAAUAAGCAACAGGUGUUGGGCAAACAUUUAAAUACCUUGUGGGAUGAGGGCCUCAGGUGCACAGUAGUGGUUGGUCAGAUUCUGGGCUUACAGGUUUUCCUGUCAGUGCUGAGCCCCUGCCCAGGAUACUUCUUCCAUGAGCCGAGAUCUGCAGAGUCAGCCGGAGUAUGUGCUGGCAGUCUGCUUGUAGUAUUUGGGAAGUUCUUCCCUAAGAGAAAGAAGGUUUAAUGUCUGAUAGGGAAAUAAUCUCUCCAGCAGUUUUAUGUGCUGAAAGAGUGGGCCAGAUGACUAAAACAUACAAUGAUAUAGAUGCUGUAACACGUCUUCUUGAAGAGAAAGAACGGGACUUAGAAUUAGCUGCUCGGAUUGGCCAGUCACUGUUAAAGAAGAAUAAAUCACUGACAGAAAGAAAUGAUUUCCUGGAGGAGCAAGUAGAACACAUCAGAGAAGAGGUUUCUCAGCUGCGGCAUGAGCUGUCCAUGAAAGAUGAACUGCUCCAGUUCUAUACCAGUGCUGCUGAAGAAAGCGAACCAGAGUCCGUCUGUUCCACCCCGCUGAAGAGGAAUGAAUCUUCCUCCUCCGUCCAGAACUACUUUCAUUUGGACUCUCUUCAAAAGAAACUCAAGGACCUUGAAGAGGAAAAUGUAGUACUUAGAUCUGAGGCCUGUCAGCUGAAGACUGAAACAAUUACUUAUGAAGAGAAAGAACAACAACUUGUCAACGACUGUGUAAAAGAGCUAAGGGAUGCAAACAUCCAGAUUGCCAAUAUCUCUGAAGAGCUAGCAAAGAAAACAGAAGAUGCUGCCCGGCAGCAAGAAGAAAUCACUCAUCUUCUCUCUCAGAUAGUUGAUCUGCAGAAAAAGGCAAAAGCUUGUGCAGUUGAAAAUGAGGAACUUGUCCAGCAUCUGGGAGCAGCUAAAGAUGCCCAGAGACAGCUCACAGCAGAGUUGCGAGAGCUGGAAGACAAGUAUGCAGAGUGCAUGGAAAUGCUUCAUGAGGCUCAAGAAGAGCUGAAAAACCUUAGGAACAAGACAAUGCCAAAUGCUAUAUCACGUCGGUACCACUCCCUUGGUCUCUUCCCUAUGGAUUCUUUGGCAGCAGAGAUAGAAGGGUCAAUGAGGAAAGAACUGCAUUUGGAUGAACCCGACUCUCCUGACUUGGCGCAUCAGAAGCGGGUCUUUGAGACGGUGAGAAAUGUCAAUCAAGUUGUCAAGCAGAGAUCCAUGACUCCGUCACCAAUGAAUAUCCCAGGCUCUAACCAGUCCUCUGCUAUGAACUCAGUCAUUUCUAGCUGUGUCAGCACGCCACGUUCCAGUUUCUAUGGGGGAGACAUCUCUAACAUUAUGAUAGACAACAAGACCAAUAGCAUCAUCUUAGAGACAGAGUCCUCAGACAAUGGAAAUGAAGACAGGAUGAAGAAGCCUGGAACUCCAGGGACUCCAGGCUCCAGUGACCUAGAGACUGCCCUGCGUAGGCUCUCCCUUAGGCGCGAGAAUUACCUCUCGGAGCGCAAGUUCUUUGAAGAAGAGCAGGAAAGGAAGUUGCGAGAACUGGCAGAAAAGGGAGAACUCCACAGUGGUUCUGUUACCCCCACAGAGAGCAUCAUGUCACUGGGAACUCACUCCAGGUUUUCAGAAUUCACUGGAUAUUCAGGAAUGUCUAUCAGCAGUCGCUCCUACCUGCCAGAAAAGCUUCAGAUUGUGAAACCACUAGAAGGUUCUGCCACUUUGCACCACUGGCAGCAGCUGGCUCAGCCUCACUUGGGUGGGAUCCUGGACCCGAGGCCCGGGGUUGUCACUAAGGGCUUCAGGACCCUAGACCUGGACCUGGAUGAAGUGUACUGCCUUAAUGACUAUGAGGAAGAUGAGACAGGUGACAUUUCUUACAAGGGCCUAACUACCUCGACGCCAGUUCAGCACACAGAGACCUCAGGUGAGAGGUCACAAGCACAAGUGACUGUUUCAGAGAACAAGAAUAACCCCCGCCAAUCUCAGGCUUUCACAGAGGAGAUGCAGGAGUCCGCGACUGACGAUGAUGAGGGGUCUGUACCUCAUCCUGGGAAGUGCAUGUCACAAACCAACUCCACCUUCACCUUCACCACCUGCCGCAUUCUGCACCCCUCCGAUGAACUCACACGAGUCACGCCAAGCCUUAACGCAGCACCUACUCCAGCUUGUGGCAGCAUUAGCAAUCUGAAAGGCACCCCGGUGGCUACUCCCUGCACUCCUCGGCGUCUGAGUUUGGCCGAAUCCUUCACCAACCUCCGAGAAUCCACGACAACGAUGAGCACAUCCCUGGGGCUGGUGUGGCUGCUGAAGGAAAGGGGCAUCUCAGCAGCAGUGUACAAUCCACAGAGCUGGGAUAGAGCCAGCAGGAGCACCCUGCUGAACACAUACUCCCCAAAAAUGGCAAUCAUUCCUUCCACUCCACCAAACUCACCCAUGCAGACACCUUCUUCUUCCCCUCCAUCUUUUGAGUUCAAGUGCACCAGCCCACCUUAUGACAACUUCUUGGCUUCGAAGCCUGCUAGUUCAAUCUUGAAAGAGGUGAGGAAUAAAAAGAACAUCAGGAACAGUGAGAGCCAAACUGACGUGUCUGUUUCCAACCUUAAUCUCGUGGACAAAGUCAGGAGGUUUGGUAUUGCCAAAGUUGUGAGUUCAGGGCAAACGUCAGCCGCUCCUUUAACUGAUGACCAGGGACCUCUUCUCUGUGGGGCACAGGGACCAGUGAGGGCCCUUGUUCCUGGAGGCCUGGCACCUGACGGCCUCCCCUUGGGCUGCCCUGCCGUGACCAGUGCCAUCGGGGGCAUCCAGCUGAACACUGGCAUCCGAAGGAAUCGGAGCUUCCCCACCAUGGUGGGUUCCAGCAUGCAGAUGAAAGGCCCAACGUCCCUCACUUCGGGGAUCCUCAUGGGAACCAAGCUCCCGAAGCAAACUAGCUUACGAUGAAGGACUUUAUUUUUACAGCUAGUCUUUUUAAAUGAAAAUACUUGGAUUCUUUCUCCAAUCUCUUUUUCCUUUCCCCUCCACCCCUUCAUUGCCUCUUGAGUUUGACAAAUCAACUUUGUGCCUAAUGGGAGAAAUGUGUAAACUUUGUAUAAAAUGUGUAAAUAUGUACCAGAUCUAUUGUAACUAAUUGGAUUAUUUUACUGUUCAAUCGAGUGCAAAAGGCUCUAUGUUAUGAUUGCUGUAUUAAGGUUAACUUGCUAACCUUUUGAAAAGGUUUUUUUUUUUUAAGAUGCACUGAAAAAAAGCAAAAGAGCAAAACUGACAAAAAAUAACUUGACUAGAAAAACGUGAAUUCUGUAGCUAGCCUAACUUGAGUCAAAGGUGCAUGGGAAGCUAUUGAAUGUGUUACGUGAGACCUCUCAUUACAUCACUUGAAGCAUGGGAGCAUUUGUGCUUCGUUAAAUACUGAAAAAAGCACUCAGUUUAACAUAUGGUAGUUUUAAUUUUGCCUCUGUAGAUGAGUUGAGCUGAGUUAUUGGAGUGCCUGGCUAUUAUGCCUGAAUGGAUGAAACUGUAUUUUUUUUUUUCCUGUUCUGUAUUUGCCUCCUGCCCAGGAUUUAUAAACUUGAACUAAUACUGUGUUGAGGUCAGCAGGCCUACUGGGUACCUGGGAUAUUGACAUAUUCCUACCACGGCUGUUUCCUUUGGCACACCUACACUUUGUGCAACUUCUUUCUUUGUUGUUCUUUUGUUCUGUUUUGUUUUGUUCUUCAAUGCUGCACUGGAUUGUGGAAGGGAAAAUGCUUUACUAUGUGUUGCUGCCACUGAAACAUGCUUUGUCAGUGCGCCCAAAGAAAACAGUUUUCACAACUCAUGAGGUAAACAUGGCAGUGACUUCCUAGAAGUCCCAGUUGCAGAACAGAUCGACAGAUAAGAAUGUUAUAAAAGAACAUGUAGCAAAACCAGUAUUAGGAAAAGGUGAGUCCUUGAACCUCAGCAGAGAACCACAGAAAACAUUUAGUAAUGGAAUGGUACAGGCGGGAAAGAGCAGCUUGCAGCCCUUGUGCUGAUCUUCGUGUUUCAUGCAUGUCAGAGACGUGGCCUUGUAAGCAGGGUGAGAAUAUUCUCCACCCAUUUUUUGUUCCAUUUUUUCAGAGAAACCUUCUUCAUCCAAAGUCGGACCCUAGCAUAGGUAAAAGUAGGGAAAAUGCUGUAUUUUUGCAGCGUUUUUAAAAUGAGGACAAUUCCUGCCAUACAAACAUAUAACCCCCUACUUUUCAGAAAGGAAAACAUAAGACUUCACACAACCUUUGGUUGCCAGGCAAUCCUAAUUGUAUCACAAUUUUUUCUCUGUUUCUCCCAACCUUCUGCUGAGUGCUUGUAGAAAGAGUUGAAAUACCUUGGAAUUGGAACAGACUGGAGGGAGCUUGUUUCUAGAGCGGAGCUCAGACAUAAAUAUUUUUUGGGAGAGGGGAUGGAGAGGAGCAAAGCAGGGAGGGUUUAGCAUCCACUUUCUUUUCCUUGCACUUGUUGUGGCAUCUAAAAUCAAGCUCCCUGUUUGUUACCAUUGUCACACUACACGUAAUUGCCGUGAGUUGCCAUUUGUACCAGACUGUUACUAAAUUAUUAGCACUGAUAAUUUCUUGUAUAAAUGAAACUGUCUUUUAGUCUUUGUGACGAGAGAUAGGUGGGUGGUUUGUUUCUUUCUGAAUGAAGUAGUUAUUGCAGUAGUGCUAUGGACACUAAAGAUAUUUUUUGAGAAAGAAAAAAAAACACAUCGGUCAGUUACAGCAUGUGUUUGGAGACUUCUAUUUAUUCUAUGAACUUACAAUGUUUUAGUAAAAUGCCAUCAGCUCUGUUUGCUGUUGUAUGUGUGCACUUAUUGCAAGUAAAUUUAAGUAUCUUUUUAUUUGAAUGUAUCUUAAACCAGUAGAUAGAAUAACAGUUGAUUCUGAAAAAUAGUCAUGGACUUAAUGGACCAUUUUAUACACCCAGAGGAAGAAAGCAAUACCAUAAGAGAACUUAAAGUGUAGAAGGUAAUCAUGCAAUCAGGAAGUAUUAUUUAGCCUUUAAAUAAGCUGUAGGAGCUGUCCACCCACCAGAGAAAGCAAUUGUAACACAUCAGAAUGAUGGAAUUUAAUUUUUUCUUCACUAAUAUCAAUAAAAUAACAGAAAAGUUGC